AUGGCACCGUCUCUGCUGAAGGCCAGUGUUGUGGUUGUACCGAAUUUACUCACCACAUAUAUCAUGUCGAUAAUGGCUACAUACUUAACUGAUGUAUGGGAGCUCAGUAUCACACACGCUGCUGCAAUUGUCAAUUUGUACUCGGGCAUGGUUGGUAUAAUACCAGUGGGUUUGAUUUGCGUAGUCUACAUGACUGGUUUCACGGGUAGCUACUGGAUGAUCUUGCUCUCCAGAUUUAGCUUUACCGCUGGUUUGGUUCUUUUGACACUGUCAACACCACCCGUCCUUUCUUGGGCAACAGGCACUUGCAGCGCAUCUGAGGCCGAGUGCAUUGGCCAAGUUCAGAAGAUCCUCUUUUACACAUCUCUACCUCUAAUAGCUGUUGGAGUGUCUGCUCACUUGGCCUCUACACUGACAUUCCUCGAUGAGCUGUUGAAGCAGAAAAAAUCUGAGCCGUUGCUGCCAUCAUCAUCAGAAUCUGAUGAGCAGACGCCUCCUACUACUACCACCACUACUACUACUCCAGAAUCAAAUGGCACCGCAGGCGGCAGGGCCAACAGUUUCCUCAGCUAUUUCACAACCGAGCACUUUUUUGGUGUGAUAUUAAUGGUCUUGUUCCCUGCAGCUGCACUUCUAGCAAUUGGAUAUAUAAGCUCUUGGUGGAUUAAGUUUGGGAUAGGAGCCAUAUGUACCCUGGUAUCUACAUCUAUUUUCUUGAGUGGUUUAUCUUCGUACCCUCGUGGACCUCGACCACAACCCAUCCGUCUAACCAAAAUAUUUAGGGUACAAGAUACCAAAACCAUCCUAACCCUGAUCGCCACGUGUACGACCUGUAUCAUAACAGGUGUGUGUCAAUGGUUUUUUGCAACCCUAUGUUGCAUCACAGCUGCGAAAGUGGAGACCCGAAGGCUGGGCCUAGUUGAGAGCGAGGGCUUUGUUGACGAGCCAACUUCAGUAAUUUCCAUGACCAUGUUUUGGUUGCUUCCACAGUUUCUUCUCCUUGGAGUGGCUGAAGACCUUUCAGAGAGGAGCGUUAUUAAAAUCUUCACUGAGAAGCUGGAAAUUAAGACACCGGAGGAAGAUGUAGAUGCAAAGGCAAUAAGGGAGGACAAGAAUAUGUACAUGAAAAUGUUUGCUCAAGCUGUUAGUGGAGUGGGAAUUAUAUGCGGUGUGUUGUCUGUUUAUGUGGUGGGUGAGAUAAGUGCGAAGGUGGGAGGGACCAGUUGGUUUCAAUACACCCUGAACAAGAGCCAUUUGGACAAUUACUAUUGGGCCUUGGCUGCAUUGAGUGCAGCUAAUCUGGUAGUGUAUGUUCUACUAUAUUUUCUAGAUCUUAUAUGA